UCGCGACCCCGGGCCCACAGGUGGGUUCUGGGCCCUUCUCCUCCCUGCCUUCCGCCGGCGGCGAAGAGCUUCGGACCCCGGGACAGGGCUUCCCGCACCCGGGCCGCAGCUCGUAAACCCUCCCUCCCCGUUUCCGUGGCAACCAGCUUGAGCUCCGAGGAGGGGGCGAAAUGGAAGCUGCGCCCCUCCCCCUUUUCUUUGCCCUCCGCCCCUCCCCCAGUGGUCUCUGGACUGCCUCUUCGGCCUGGGCAGGCGGAGGCGGGAAAGCCCGAGUGUGGUGCUUUGGGUUCGUCUGUUCGGGGAGCCCGGGCAGUCUGGCAGCACCGCCCUCCUCCAUCCUCACCCCCGCCGCUCUCCCAUCCCUUCAUCCCCUCUCCACUCUAAUGGUUUUUCCCAAGACUCAAUAAAAGACACCAGCAUUCUCAAUGUCUCAGUUCAAGCGCCAGCGGGUCAACCCACUCCCAGGAGGACGAAACUUCUCAGGCUCUGCAUCCACCUCUCUUCUGGGUCCACCACCUGGUUUGCUCACCCCCCCUGUAGCUACAGAGUUGUCUCAGAACGCCAGGCACCUUCAGAGUGGAGAGAAGCAGCGUGUCUUUACUGGUAUUGUCACCAGCUUGCACGACUACUUUGGGGUAGUUGAUGAAGAGGUCUUUUUUCAGUUGAGUGUGGUGAAAGGCAGGCUGCCCCAAUUGGGGGAGAAGGUGCUGGUAAAGGCUGCAUACAAUCCUGGCCAGGCAGUGCCCUGGAAUGCUGUCAAGGUUCAGACACUCUCCAAUCAGCCCUUGCUGAAGUCCCCAGCACCUCCCCUUCUACAUGUGGCAGCACUGGGUCAGAAGCAAGGCAUUCUGGGGGCCCAGCCCCAGCUGAUCUUCCAGCCUCAUCGGAUUCCCCCACUCUUCCCUCAGAAGCCUUUGAGUCUCUUCCAAACAUCCCCUACAUUGCAUCUGAGCCAUCUGAGCAGGUUUCCCGCUCGGGGUCCUCAUGGCCGAUUGGAUCAGGGUCGAAGUGAUGACUAUGAUUCCAAGAAACGCAAACAGAGGGCAGGUGGGGAGCCUUGGGGUGCUAAGAAGCCAAGACAUGAAUUACCCCCUUAUCGGGUCCAUCUUACUCCCUACACUGUGGACAGCCCCUCCUGUGACUUCUUAGAACUACAGCGCCGUUAUCGAAGUCUCUUGGUACCCUCAGACUUUUUGGUUGUGCAUCUGAGUUGGCUGUCAGCCUUCCCCUUAAGCCAGCCUUUCUCCCUACAUCAUCCAAGCCGAAUUCAGGUAUCUUCAGAGAAGGAACAAGGCCCAAGUGCUAACUCUGAGUCCACUCCACCAGAUUCUGACAUGACUUACAGUGCUAAGGUACUUUUGCUUUCCUCCCCGGGGCUAGAAGAAUUAUAUCGUUGCUGCCUGCUAUUUGUGGAAGACAUGGCUGAGCCAAGGGAGAGUCCAGAACAUCCUUUGAAGCAGAUAAAGUUUUUGCUGAGGAGGAAAGAGGAUGAGGCUGUGAUGGUAGGGGGUGAGUGGUCACCUUCUCUAGAUGGUCCAGACCCAAAGGCUGAUCCCCAGGUAUUGGUUCGAACUGCUAUCCGCUGUGCCCGAGCUCAGACAGGCAUUGACUUGAGCAAUUGUACAAAGUGGUGGCGCAUUGCUGAAUUCCGGUACAUACAACUGGGACCCCCUCGGCGGCAGCGGACAGUAGUGGUGUAUCUACCAGACAUCUGGACUCUUAUGCCAUCCCUGGAGGAGUGGGAGGCCCUGUGUCAGCAGAAAGUUGCUGAGACAGUGGCCCCACUCCAGGAUACUGUGAUGGAAGCAGAGGCUUCUGUAGAGGAAACGAACUCAUCUGAACUUGGAGCAGCAGCAGAGGCUUCCGAACAAGACCCAGAGAAUCCUGAGCUUAGUCUGCAGCAGGAAAUGGAUCCUUCUCUCCCAGAGGCCCCUCCUCCUCCUCUGGAGCCUGUUAUAAUAGCCCAGCCUGGCUGUACUAACUUUUCCCUCCAUGCUUUAUUGGAGGAUCGGAGGCCAAGAGAAAAGAUCUCAUUUGAGGUAAUGGUGUUGGCAGCACUGUUUCAGGAGAUGCUGCAACGAGACUUUGGAUACAAAAUCUAUAAGAUGUUGCUGAGCCUGCCUGAAAAAGAGGUGCCCCCACCAGAGCCAGAAAAGGAGGAAGUGGUCAAGGAUGAGGUAGCCAAGGAGGAAGUGGCCAAAGAAUCCAAGGAUGAAGCACAGAAUGAGGGGACGUCUACUGAGCCAGACAACUUGUUGAAGGAGGAUGGACUUUUGCCCAAGCCUUCAGCUUCUGGUGAAGAGGAAGAGGAGAAAGCCCGGGGUGAAGCAUCUGAGGACCUCUGUGAGCUGAGCUUGGAUGCAGAACUGCUGCUGCUGAGGGAAGAAGUAGAGGAGGACUUUGCAGGGACAAAGCUAGAAGAUGCUGAGGUACGAUCUGUUGCCUCAAACCAAUCAGAGAUGGAAUUCUCCUCCCUCCAGGACAUGCCCAAGGAGCUAGACCCCUCAGCUGUGUUGCCCCUGGACUGUCUUCUUGCUUUUGUGUUCUUUGAUGCCAACUGGUGUGGCUACCUUCACCGACGAGACCUAGAGAGGGUCCUCCUCACUCUUGGACUUCAGCUCACUGCAGAGCAGGCCAAAAAGCUGGUUAGCCGGGUGGUGAGCCAGAACAUUUGUCAGUACCGGAGUCUUCAGUACAGUCGUCAAGAUGGCCUGGAUGGCGGGCUCCCUGAGGAGGCGCUCUUUGGAAACUUGGAUCUGCUGCCGCCUUCUUCUGGGGAAAACACAAAGCCAAUUGCCCCUCAUGCAGAGCAUCGAGGCCUGGUGUCUCAUAAUGGCAGCCUGAUUCAUGUGGGGAACCUAUUGCAGCGGGCAGAGCAGCAAGAUAGCGGGCGGCUUUACUUGGAGAACAAGAUUCACACACUGGAACUGAAGCUGGAGGAGACCCAUAGCCGCUUCUCCACCACUGAGGCUACCAAUAAGACGCUGUCAGCAGAUAUGCAGGAACUUCGGACACGGCUGGCAGAGGCUGAAGAGAUGGCUCGCACAGCUGAGAGGCAGAAGAAUCAGCUGCAGCGUCUGCUACAGGAAUUUCGAAGGCGUUUGACUCCUUUACAGCAGGAGAUGCAGCGGAUGGCAGAGAAGGCUGACAGCUGGGGAGAGAAAGAGGAACCAGCACCUAGCAACUGAGGCUGCUGAGGCUGAAGGGCACUGCACAGCAACUGCCACCCAGUGAGCUCAGCGAUGGAGGCUGAUGACAUUAGACCCUCUGAGCACCAGAAAGCAGCUGGAGGAGAGCCUGGGAACCGCAGGCAGGGGAGGCCGACAGUGCUCAGUAUCUCCAAAACAAAUGAGGGGGGAGGGGCCUGGGCAGUGAGAGGAAGAACAGGACUAUCAGAGAGGGGAGGGACCCAAUUUACACUAAUAGAGCAUCUUUCCUUCUCACUCCUGGAGUGUCAUUUCUUCCUCUACUGUGGUUCCUUCUGGAGCCCUUUUAAUCUUGUGCUUCCUCAUAUACUCCCAGUUUUAGAAUGAGACAAAAGAGGGAAGGGGAAGGCAUUGUGAUAGCCUGACAGCCUGUCAUCAGGCCUAGCACCAACAGACUUUCUGGACAGAGAGUCAGGGAGUCCAGUCAUGGGUAUUGGAGCUUUGAUCUAGUCAAGUGACACCCAUCCUGCUGAGCUAUAGAGGCAGAUCCUUGGGGGGGGAAGAACUCAGGGAUCCUGCCAAAAGAUAGGGGCCAGCUGUUUGUAGGCCUGCACUCUGACAACCCUAGAUGAAAUCUCUUGCCAGGUGAAAGCUGUUCCUUUCCCUUCUGCUCUUUGUUCAGAAUGUGGUAAUGGCUGGGCCUGGUAGGCUGAGCCUUUCUGUUACCUUUGUAAUUCUCACCUCUUUCCAUAACCCACAGUUCCAGUUUGACUUUGUAUAUAUAAAGUUGUCCUUUUUUUGGCUUUUUGUUUUUUAAAUAAACCAAAAUCAAAACCA